GUAGUAAACUUCGAAAUCGACGAGACUUUCAAAAAUAAAAGACGCAGAAAAACAGUCGCGAACAUAUAACGUUGGCAACACGCACAUGGGGAAUGUCUAUAUCAAAAUUUACAAUUUAUUACUGAUCAUUUUCUCUUUAUUUUCUUUCCAAGAGUCUCUUUCGUAAAGUGAUCGAUAAAGAUAAGCCACAAUGCAGAUUUUCGUGAAAACUCUGACCGGCAAGACCAUAACCCUUGAGGUCGAAGCCUCUGACACUAUCGAAAAUGUGAAAGCCAAAAUCCAGGAUAAAGAGGGAAUUCCACCAGAUCAACAACGACUUAUCUUCGCUGGAAAACAACUUGAGGAUGGUCGCACUCUUUCCGAUUAUAAUAUUCAAAAAGAGUCAACUUUGCACUUGGUGCUUCGUCUUCGUGGUGGUGUUAUCGAACCAACCCUUCGAAUUUUGGCACAAAAAUACAAUUGCGAUAAGAUGAUCUGUCGAAAAUGCUACGCUCGUCUUCAUCCACGUGCAACUAAUUGCAGAAAGAAGAAGUGUGGUCACACCAACAACAUCCGCCCCAAGAAGAAGCUAAAGUAAACUUUGGAUUCCAUAUCGAGGUCAUGGAAAGUGUAUAUUUAUUAUUUUUUCACACCAUUUCCGAAAAAAAAUCGCAAGACCUGUACAUUUGUAUGACUCAUACUUUUGGUUCAAAUAAAAUCUAACUGAACAAAU